AGUGAUGCGGCUUUGUGAACGGGAGGGAACAGUAAGGGCGUUAAUCUAGAGCUCAUAUCCCAGCACGGCGCAUGUUGGAGGGUUGUGGAUACGACUUUUAUGAUUUCACUUUAGAUCUCGCGCAAUGAGUCUGAAGAAGAGGCGGUUCUCGCUGGACAGCUCCGUUGCUCUGGAGGGUGUGGGACUACUCAGUCAUCGCAGAGGAAGCAAGCUCAGCAAGAGGUCCAGCAAGAGUCUGGAGGAGGCCCGGCUGGAGAUCCAGGAGCUCAGCCAAAGCCUCAGCAGGAGAAGCCCGCUCAGGGACCAAACAAUAGCAGAAGAGCAUACCGACCGACACGACGGGCUCAUUUCUAAACGUAGCUUUGCAAAACACAACAAAACCUUCCACAAGCUGUUUCAAGGCAUUCCUGAGGGGGAAAAUGUAACACACACUUUCACUUGUGCCCUGCAGAAGGAAGUGCUGUACCAUGGGAAACUCUUUGUCUCAGAGAACUAUGUGUGUUUCUUCUCCUCUGUGCUCCUCAAAGACACCAAGGUGGUGAUCCCUACAUCCAGUGUGAGGGAGGUGAAGAAACAGAAGUCCGCCUUGUCUAUAAUGUCCAUUCAAACUACGGAUGGAGAGAAGUAUUCAUUUGUGUCUAUGAGGAACCGUGACCUGUGUUACAGGCUCCUGCAGUCCGUCUGUUCACAAGCACAGCAGAGAGAGAGUGCCAACAGUAGUCCCCAUGCCUCCUCUGUGGAAAACGAGGAUGAUCAGGACAUGAGCUUCAGCUACUCUAGUCUAGAAGAAAGUGUUGAUCCGGACCCAAGCAGAAACAACAGCAUUUCUCUUGAAAAGGAAUUUCUUUCCAACGGAGUUCCCAGAGGGUGUAGCUCCACUCCACAGAGCAGCUCGACAGAUGGGGAAGAAAUAGCUGAAUCAUGGAUGCGGAGUAUUACCCAAAGAGUUUCACCCUUACUUUCCACAACAGGACUGGGCAACCUCAACCACCUCUUCUACAUCUACCUUUUGUUGAUGGCACUGCUCUUGUUGGCAUCUGGCUUCAUCGGGCUGAGGAUUCUUGCACUGGAGGAGCAGCUGAACACUUUGGGAGCCCUGACGGAGUACUCCUUCCCCCCGUAUCAAGAACCGUCGCCAGUAGAAAGAAACUGAGAUAAAAAUGAACCCGUUGCCUGCAGACAUCACUGGGCCUCCGGCCGGACCCAGCCUCUCAAAAUCAUUUCUCCUUGUCCAUCUUGCACAUUCGGUGCUAUUUACUAGACGGUCCUUUCUCUCACAUCAUCAUGAGUGUAUAUUAUGUGUUACAUGUUAAGAUAAUGGAUGGAUGGAUGGAUGUGUCUCUGUUUGCAGAGAACUGUCAGGUCUAGGAUUUACUCCUGAGCAAACUGGAUUGUCUGCAGAACACUUGCAAGAUGGACUGAGGCUCUGCACAGUGGCUGCUGUAGUUUUCCUUUGCAGUCCAAAUUGUCUUGGCUCAAAAGCAUGAGGACGACGGUGAUGAUGAAGACAAGAGAGACGCCGUCAAAGUGAAGUUGAGAGAAAGCACUUUUACUACCCUCGAUUUCAAAUAAAUUUGCUGGCAAAUGAGAUGAAAUUGAAUAUUAUGGGUUUGCAUUGUGGCGGCACGGCGGUGCAGUGGUUACCACUGUCGUCUCACAGCAAGAAGGUCCUGGGUUCGAACCCCGGGGUUGUCCAACCUUGGGGGUCGUCCCAGGUCAUCCUCCGUGUGGAGUUUGCAUGUUCUCCCCGUGUCUGCGUGGGUUUCCUCCGGGUGCUCCGGUUUUCUCCCACAGUCCAAAGACAUGUAAGUCAGGUGAAUUGGCCGUACUAAAUUGUCCCUAGGUGUGAAUGUGUGUCGGCCCUGUGAUGGACUGGCGGCUUGUCCGGGGUGUUUCCCCAUCUGCCGCCCAAUGACUGCUGGGAUAGGCUCCAGCAUCCCACGACCCUGAUUGGAAUAAGCGGCUUGCAUAAUGGAUGGAUGAAUGGGUUUACAGUGUGUAAAUAAAUUGCUGGACUUUAAUUGCAUUAUGCGGGUAUUAGAGUGACAGCGGAUGAUCCGCUGUGGCGACCCCUAACGGGAGCAGCCGAAAGUAGUAGUAGAGUGACUGCUAGUGUACGCAAUCAGCCAGCAGAGGGCAGUGUGUCCCAUAUAAUCCAUAUGGCGAGGCCUUCUGUAUGUUCUUUGGGGUUUAAAGGAUUAGCAUAUCUGCCAUAAUUUCAUAAAUAGUUGGGAAGGCCACCACAGUUAAACUGCAACUUCUGUUCAUUCAUGUGUUUGUGUGUAAUGAAAUAUAAUUAAAAAUGACAAAUCUGGCCCGACAGGAAGACAGAUCUCCGAAAAGCUUGGGUUCAAAAACAUAACACUUGACACAAUGGCCUCCUAUAAUAGCAACAUUUUCUUUUUACUAAUUUUUCAGGUCUUGAGUGAAUGCUUUAAAAGAUUGAUGUAGUGUAUAUACAAAUCGUAUAAAAGAAUUCAUAAAGUCAAUGUAUUUUGUACAUAAGUGUUCUUUAAUUAUUUUCUGUUGUCAAUAAAAAGGUCAAGAUUCAGUCCCAUGAAUUUCACUACAUCAUAUUCUCAGUUCAAAAAACGGCAACAUAAAAUUACAAAUCAUAAUACAAACAAAGAAUAGAAUAGUAAGUACAGUAACCAUAUAAACAACCCACAAAUAUAUCUAGCCCCCGCCCACUGUUGCCCCGCCCAAACUCUAGCACAAAAGUCAUGACGAUAGAUCAGUUAGUAUUGGUAAUAAAAAAAAUUAAAUAAACGUCCCCUUUUUAGAAAGCGCUUAAAUGUUCCAAUGCCAUGAGUUCAAUUUUGCUCUCAGAAACUAUACAUACUAACAGAGCUUAUGUUCUUCCCCACCUCUUGCAGCGAACACAAAUGAAUGGACAUGCAUACAA